AUGGGGCUGGGAAGAGGGAAGCUCACUUUUUCUGGCACUGCUCGGAAAAAGUGGUUUAAUGCCUCUGUCACUUGGCAACGGCAGGAAGAAGCACAGUGCACUCUGGGGCACGCAGAGAGGUAUCCGAAUGUGCAGGCUAAAAUGCAAGAAGAAGUGGAUAGGAUUGUUGGAAGAGACCGUCUGCCAUGUGCUGAAGAUCAGCCUCACCUGCCCUACAUCAUGGCUUUCUUGUAUGAAUCCAUGCGUUUCAGCAGCUUUGUGCCUGUUACUAUCCCACAUGCCACCACAACCAACACCUUCAUAAUGGGCUACCUCAUUCCCAAGGACACAGUGAUUUUUGUUAACCAGUGGUCAGUGAAUCACGAUCCAGCAAAAUGGUCCAACCCAGAGGAUUUUGAUCCAACAAGGUUCCUGGAUGAGAAUGGAUUCAUCAAUAAAGAUCUUACUAGUAGCGUGAUGAUUUUCUCAUUGGGAAAACGUCGGUGUAUUGGAGAGGAGUUAUCCAAGGUGCAGCUGUUUCUUUUUACCUCCAUACUGGUGCAUCAGUGCAAUUUUACUGCUAAUCCAAACGAGGACCCUAAAAUGGACUUUACCUAUGGGUUGACCAUUAAACCUAAGCCAUUUACCUUGAAUGUUACGCUGAGAGAUACUAUGGAUUUGCUCGAUCAGGCUGUCCAAAGACUGCAAGCAGAGAAAGCAGCCAAUGAAAAUCAGCUGUCAGCAAAUGCCUAAGCAACAAACCUUGCAUCUAAAGAUAAUCCCUGUCUCUCUUUUUAGA